AUGAAUCUAUGUUUAUGUGUUAAAAUCCGAAAGCAUCCUUCAGGUAAAUUAUUUGCAACGUCAAGUAGUGAUAAAAGUAUAAUUAUAUGGACAUAAAUCGAAGAAGAUUCUAAUAAUUACAAACAAUUAAAAAAAAUAACAGAUGCACAUGAUCGAACAAUUCGUUAUUUGGCUUUUUCACCAAAUGGUCAAGUUUUAGCAAGCGCAAGUUUUGAUAGCACAAUAUGUAUAUUUGUAAAAAAUAAUUAGACCUUUGAAUUUGUUUAGAGAGUAGAGGGACAUGAAAAUGAAGUUAAAUGCGUUUCUUGGAGUUAUGAUAGUAAAUAUUUAGCAUCAUGUUCUCGUGAUAAAACAAUUUAAAUAUGGGAUUAUGAUAAUAAUUUUGAGUUUUCGUGUUAUGCUGUAAUAGAAGCACAUAGUUAGGAUGUAAAACAUGUAAAAUGGAUUCCUUAGACAUAUAAUUUAGCCAGUUGUUCAUUUGAUGAUACUGUAAAAAUAUGGGAAUAAGAAGAUGAUGACUGGAAAUUAUAAUCAACUUUUACAAACCAUUAAUCUAUUGUUUGGUGUGUAGAAUUUUCGAAAGAUGGAAUGUUUAUGUCAACUUGUGGAGAUGAUAAAUAUAUUAAGAUCUUCAAAAAAAAUGAAAAUGGAGUUUUUUAAUAACCUUAUGUUGUUGAAUCUUAAAUCGAAAAUGCUCAUUUAAGAAGCAUUUUUUCAAUUUCUUUUAGUGAAGAUGCAAUGUUUUUGGCAUCUGGAGGAGCAGAUAAUUGUUUGAAUGUUUAUUAAAAAAAAGAUGAUUAAGUUUGUUUUGAAGGAUAAAAUUAUGCUUAUUAUAAUUUACUGGAAAGAAAAGUUAAUUGCCAUAUAUCUGAUAUUAAUUGUGUAGCUUUUAGCCCUGUAGAUAAUUUAUUAGUUACAGUAAGUGAUGAUAGAAUGAUAAAAAUAUGGACUGUUGAUAUAAAUUUAUGA